UCUCCAUUUCUGACCUAAUACAUUAAAUCGAGAUCGGUACUAGGUACGUGCCCUAACUGUAUAAGGCACCUCUUCGGGUCUGCUACGGAUCACUUCUCAAUUUCCUACCAAUACUCUCGCAAUUUAUUAGUUUGGCACUUGCACCAUCUGCCAAGAACCAUUUCGCACCAUACCAUAAAUCAUCCUUCCACAGCGCCUACCACUCCAAAACUACACCAUGUACUGGCGGUAUAACUGGUGGAAACAAGAGGCAUAUCCCUCGUGCAAGCCCAUCAACCUCUCGGAGGGCAUGCUUAUCUCACACUACGUCUACUCGCCCGUGAAGCACAUCACAUCUGGGGUAUACCAGCAGCAGUGCUGGCACGACUCGGUACCCAUGAUGAACACCAACAUGGGACUCGUCAUCGACAAGUUCACCACGCCGUUGCCCAUCGCGGCGCAGUCGUGGCAGAUGUUCACCAAGAACAACGCCCAGGGGUCCUUUGCCUACAGCGUGGUGUCCAUCGUGUACGCCAUCUCCAUCCUGUUUGUGAUCAUCUGGUUCCUUACCAUCUUCGUGCUCACCAACUACACGAUCAAGCCUUCGUUGUUGAUGAAGGCAUCCACCAUGUUGUCGUCGUUCUACAUUCUCCUUGUGGUGGGCAAGUCCAUGGCCGUGCUCCACGACCAGCAGCGUGCUGGGUACUUGCACGGCACCCAGCUCUUGGAGGUCAUCAACGACUACUUGCCCAUCAACAUCGUGGACUUGGUGGUGGUCAUUCUCCUCCAGAUUAACCAGGUCCAGGUCAUCAUGCGCAUCUUCCUGCGCCAAAAGGACAAGAGAACUGCCUUUUUCAUUGGCAUCUUUGCAUCCAUCACCUCGCAAGUCAUCUGGGCCGUGGCCAAGUUCUACAAGUUCAAAGACAAUAACGAGGCUGGAGACACCCUUCCCGCGUUCAUCUACCUUGUGCGGAUCGUCAUGGGGCUCUGCUACGCAGCCAUCAUCUCGGUGUACCUCUUGACCAAGAUCUACUACAUCAUCGCAAACAAGACAAUCUGGUUGCUCUCGUUGCUUACGAUCGUGUUGAUAUACAGCCCCGUGGCGUUCUUCGUGGCUGACGUCUCCAACGCGUUUGUCUACGAGUUGUCCGAGGUGUUCUCGGUGGUCACCUAUGUCAUAUGUGUGGUGAUCCCUUGGGAAUGGUGCAACAAAUUCAAUAUCAUUCAAAAAGCCAAGGAAAAGGAGGGAGUUUUGGGUAGAAAAUUCUACGAGGACGAGUUGUACGAACUUGACAGAUUCGAGCUUUUCGUGGAGGAAGACAGAGACGACGAUUUCUCUGGGGGAAACGGCGAGGAUAUAGAAUUGCUCGAUAGAUCAAGACAAGAAGGAAGCUCAAGCCAGUCCCAGAGGCUGAAUCACUCGAUACCUGACUCUGCCACCAUAGGCAAGACCAACAGGCUUUUUAUGACAUUACGGAAGACUAAGGAGAGCUUUUUGGCGUUGACUGAUAACAUUAUUGCAGCCGGUUUUGCAAUCCCAAGAUCAGUCAGUGUCUCUACCCAGUCCAUUGACGCUUCAAGAUCCAAAAACACCCAUUUGGAGCGCAUGGAUGCUCAGCUCAGCAAUCACCAAACUUCCACCCGCACCAGGCCCGAUGCUGUGGAUAGCGUUCCUACAGGGGAAAAUUUGGAGGGAAGUUCUAGGAACAGAAGGAACGUUUUUGUCUACUCCACAAAGGAGGUCAGGUUCCAUAAUUCGGACGACGAAUCCUGAUCGCCUAAAGGUACUGGUAUUAUUUAUAGAAUGGCGAUCUACGGUUUAAGGAAAUGCAAAGGAAUGUUUAUUUCAAAGGGA